AUGAGUCUAGUAGCAAUGUCUUGUAAAGAACAAAUUAACACUCGCUUCAUCAGCGUGCUUAUAUAUAUGUCUUUACGUCAUUUUGGUCAUUCGUGGAGAGACGUCGAGUCAUUUUUAACAUCAAUCGGUGGUAUGACCAACAAAACAUGUCACAAAUGGACAAAUAUUUUAGUAAGCAAAUAUUUUGAUGAAUUCACAAUUGAAGAGAGAGGUGGAAAAAUAGGUGAUUCGUUUUGGGAUUGUUAUCCAGAUUUAGAAUUAGAAGCAAAGCAAUUUGUUUUUGAAGAAUGUUCAAAAACAGAAGCAACAUUUACAGUCGGAACUUUGGCAGUAUUCAUUGAUAAUCGCUUUUCUGAAUUAAAUAAUCUGAAGAAAGUCGAUCAACGAUUAGUCAGAUCAGUCGAAAGUUGUAAAUUAGAUCUACGUCAAUUUGGUGAAAAAUUCACAGCAUAUUCAAGUCGGCCAUAUUUUCUUGGACAUGAACGAGAAGAUGUGGUGAAACAUUGA